UCAAUUUGUGUGUUAGAGAGAUAUUUCUAGGGUUUGUUCCAUUCUACGGCAACGAUGAAAGGCGACGAUGUGUCGGUGAAACGAGCUUCGACGGAGGUGGAAUCUGACGCUUCUGUCUCUAAAAAACCGAAGAUCGAAGAUGAAGACGACACAAGCAUGGAAGAAGAAAGCGAUAGCGAUAACGAAGGCUUAUGGAGUGUCGACGCAGAAGACGAUGAUGACGGCGUGAGAUCUCCGACAAUCAACUAUUCAAACUUGCAAGAUCCGGAACCAGAGUGGGAUAAGGACAGUUACGAUGGCUACGAAUUGGAAUUCGAUCCUGACGGCCGUGAAGGUUUCUCCAGCGACAAGGCGUACGCAGAGUUCCGCGAGUAUAAAACCAAAGCCUUUGAGAAUAGGGGGUUUUUAGAAGAUCCAUUUAGAUCCAUCUACCCCAUUAGAGAUCUGGACGAUCUCUGGACAACCACGACUAAGAGGCAAUAUUUGACAGAUAUUGCUUCCCUCUGUGUUAAGAAACUCAACGACGAGAAGGGUAUGUCUGUGGAAGUUGUAAGCAUUGUGAGAGGCAAUCUAAAACCAGGAGGUGGGUGGAAGCUCUACAUCACCUUUAUGGCUCGAGAGUAUCCCGAUGGUCCUAUCGUGGAGUAUCAAGCCAAGGCAGUGGAUUAUGCAGGACACAAAAUACCUCCAUUUCCCAUUCUCUGUAGACCAGCCUCUAGCAUAUCCUAAUCUAUGACUUGCAUUAGGUAUUUAUUGUGAAGUCUUUUAUUCUCAGUGUAAUUACUUAGUAGUUUGUUUGGAAUAUCUUAUGAGCUUUUUCAA